AUGGACGAUGUUGUUGAAAGUGCUCGCAACUCAGUUCCGACGUUGAAAGCCAAUAGCCAGGUCGCAUAUCAAAAUUUACAAGCAAGACUUAGAAUGGUUCUCUCCUACUAUAUUUCACAAAUGUCUUCCAAUGCCCUAGUACUGUCUGCAUCAAAUUUAGACGAAACCAUAACGGGGCACUUCACAAAAUACGAUUGCUCUAGUGGAGACUUGAAUCCAAUAGGAUCCAUUCACAAGUCUCAAGUACGGUCAAUGGUAAAUUACUUCUGGGAGACACAUGGCACAGACAAAUUCGGCAUUUUACGAGAGUACGAUUUACAUCUUAUUGUCAGCAUACUUUGUGCAACCCCAUGUGCCGAGUUGGACAGCCAGUUCAAAAGCGACGAGGUAGCCCUGAGAUAUUUAUCUUAUCAGGACGAACUUCAAAUGACAUAUGACAAAAUCGAACACAUGUCCAAACUCAGAAAAGAAAAGAAUUAUGGUCUAUCAAGCUUAAGCAAGGAUUCGGCACAAUUUAUAAACAGAUAUCUAAAAAAUAGACACAAGUCCACAGCCUUGGCCCCGACUCUACACCUUUCCAUUGACUCUGUUGAUGGAAGAAGAUAUGACAGAAGACCUCUCUUUUACUCUGCAAAGUUGAUAGGCAAAUAA